CUUUUCCUCACCAAUUUUCACCAGUGCAUUUACACUCACCUAAACCAUCAACAUCACCAUGUGCGGCCCAGAAUACACAAACAGACCUCGAGGAGGCGCUCUCGCCGCUCUCAAUCCUCCCAUCAACUCCAUCUCAUCCAAUAUUUGCGGUGAUCUCUCUUUUCACACUCCCGGUAGUCCUUCAAGCUCAAGAGCAACACACGCAAGACUCACUCCAAGUGAAGAGUGCAGUAUGAAGGGCUUCUCCGACUUAUACGUUGUCAUUCAUUCAAAGUUAACGUCGAGAAGUUCUAGUGGUGACCUGACAAGAAACGCCAGUGAAUGUGGACUCUUCCGCCAGUUUUCCCUCCAAACGCCUCCGACAUCUCGCGAGUACGUCGAGUUACCCUUACAAGGGCCAUUAUCGCUCGAGGUUGGCGGUGAUGGAAUCAUUGGAAGACGUGUUUCAGUAUACUCUCGUCUCGCCUCUGGACAGGACAGGAUUGUUGCUGAAGGCAUCGUGGGCUUCAAUUUUAUGAGCCAAGCAUCACCUGAGGAAACGUCUUGCCCAUCAUCGCCGUCGCCAUCGCUGUAG